AAUUGUUUCGGAAAAAGUUUCUUUCCAAUUUUUCGGUAUUACGACACUGUGCUGCGAAUGAGUCUAUCUCUUAGGAAAAUCGAAGUUGACGCGAUUUGAAACUAACGUAAAUUCAUCGUUUUUUCCAAUUGCGAACUCAAUUUUGCUACGCGGGUAUAAUGCGUUUUCCUGUAUCAUUUUCACAAUUAUACCGAUUACAACAUGGUGGUUGGCUGUGAUAUUCAACAUGAUACUCCGAUUAAUGAAUAAUAUAAACUCAGAAGAUCUUAAAGAAGUUCGAUUUUUAAUCGAAAAAUGGAUAAGACAACAUGCCCCCAAACAUAUAAGGAAAUCGAUCAAAGCAUUGUCAAAAUGGAGAUGGAAUCUGAACAAAAUUUUAAGCCUGACAAUUUAAAUAUCAAUUUUGUGGAAGUUCCCUCAAUAGAAGAACAUGAUGUUACCAUUUUGCCGGCGAAGUUUAGAGGUAGAGGUAGAGGUAAAGGCAGAGGCAGAGGUAGAGGUAAAGGUAGAGGUAGAUACAGCAACAGUUCACAAAUCUCAGCCUCGCCAAAGCAAAGUCAUUCCACGGAUAUGAAGGCAACUUUGAAGAAGGACCGUUUUCGUCCGAUUCGGCCGAAACCUUUACAACCUAUUACUUCGACUAUACUAAAACAUAAAUUUGGAUUACCAAUAAUGAAUAUGGCUACUUUACCAUCAAAUCGUGUUAUUUUACCAAGUCCACUGAAAGAAAAAGUAACUAUUACACACGUUACACCUCUAGAUAAAUCUGACAAGAUAAAAAAUAUCAAACCAAUUAGCAAUGACAACAGUGUUUUGCAAAAGAAAAACGUUUUUAGUAGCGAUAUUGACAGUAAAACCAUUGACACAAAAGUAGUUGUCGACAGUAAGACUAUUAACACAACAGCUGUCAACAGUAAGACCAUUAACGACAGUAAUAAAAGUGAAACCGUAAAUAUUGUACCAAUAACUAAUGAAAGUAAAAUUGAUAAAAUUGUGAAAACUGAAAGGUCAAGCAUCAUAGCAAAAAGUAAUUGUAAUAACAAUAAUAACACUGAUAAUAGUAGUAAUAGUAAUAAUAAUAGUAGUAAUAAGAAGAAUAGUAAUGAUAUUAGCAGUAGUAAUACUAAUAGUGAUAAAAAUUGUAAUAAUUAUGAUAAAGAUUUGCGUACUAAUAGUAAGACGAAAUCCAAAUCUAACAAGAAUAGUAUUGAAUUAUUUUUUGAGAGUAUGGCACAGACUGUGUUGAAUUUACCUAACGAAGUCCAAGCAGAUAUUAAAAUGCAAAUUUGCAAAAUUGUUACCAAGGCAGAGAUAGAAUUCUGUGGAUCUCAAGUAAAACGCAAGACUAAAUAUUAA